AUGUCUUCAGUUGGGAGCAGCAGCGGCACCAGGGCGGCGAAUGGUGCAGCUGCCAUCAGUGCUGCAGCGACGGCAGCAGGCUCGGCCGACGCCAGAUUCCACUCCCAACUACUACAGCAGGACAGGCAAAGUAGAUGGGCUGGCUGCUUUUCAGGCUUAUCAUGUUUCGGAUCGCAGAAGGGCGGGAAAAGAAUUGUUCCUGCAGCACGUACUUCUGAUGGGAAUGGAUCAAAUGCUCGUGGAAAUGGUCAAUCUGGUGCCAAUUCAAACCAAAAUAUGCCUAUGAAUUUAUCUCUUCUGGCUCCACCAUCAUCACCAGCAUCCUUCUCAAACUCUGCACUUCCUUCGACUGCUCAAUCACCGAAUUGCUUUCUGUCUGUAUCUGCAAACUCUCCUGGUGGUCCAACAUCUAAUAUGUUCGCUGUUGGGCCAUAUGCUAAUGAACCUCAACUUGUCUCGCCACCUGUCUUCUCAACUUACACAACUGAGCCAUCCACAGCACCGUUGACCCCACCACCUGAACUAGCUCAUGCAACUACACCUUCUUCUCCAGAUGUUCCAUAUGCUAGAUUUCUUUCUUCUUCUAUGGAUAUCAAAACUGCCAGCAAGGAGCAUAACAUGUCUUUCUUAUCAACAGCCUAUUCUGGUGGUUCAGGACUCCAGGCAUCUUACCCACUUUACCCUGAAAGCCCUUGUAGCAGCCUUAUCUCACCGGCUUCAGUAACUCCAAGGACUGGUCUAUCCUCACCUAUACCUGAGCAAGAGGUUCCUCCUGCCCAUUGGAAGACCUCUAGGUCUGCCUGCGACACACCAUACUUCAGGGCUUCGCCCAUUCCUGAGCAAGAAACCACUGCACAGUGGAAAACCUCUAGAUCUGCUUGUGACACACCAUAUGCCAGGACCUCACCAACCAAUAUUUUUGGGUUGGAUUCAUCUACCCCGAGAAACUAUAUGCUAGAUAGCAAUUUCUUUCGGCCAGCGGCAUCUGCUCAAUUCUACCUGGACCAGGCUCAGCAGACGUUUCCACAUAAUGGUGGGAGGGUUAGUGUAUCGAGGGAGAAGCAAGAUCCCGAUGAAAUUGAAGCUUACAGAGCUUCAUUUGGGUUUAGUGCCGAUGAAAUUGUCCAAUCUCAAUCUUAUGUGGGGAUACCAGAUGUGGUUGAUGAGUCAUUCAGUAUAUCACCAUUUGGAAACAAUGCUCCUGCUACUGAGAUCUGCCCAUUUAGUGAUCUGCCUAAUGAGGUUCAGAAGGUGGAUAAAUCAUGUUCCUACGCUAAAGAUGGCACAAGUCCAAAGAAAUCAGCAAACCAACUUUCCAUUGAUUCUCCAAAUAAAGUUCUGCGCUUGGACGUGUUCAAAGGAACAAAAGGAGGUCAUCAGUCUGAGGAUGAGGGUAUUGCGAAAGAUGGUCAUCCUUUCAGAAGGACAACAGAUGAAAUAUCUCUAAAACCCAUAGAAGUAAGGAAGAAAUCUCUUCCUGGCCAUUCUUGCUCAGAUGCAGAAAUCGAGUACAGAAGGACAAGGAGUUUGAGGGAUGCCAACGGCGUUUUAUCGCGGCGGAGUGCAUUGGCAAGACAACUGCAUUAA